AUGGAGAUAUUUUGGAAAUUUCAGAAUACACGAUUCACGUUUGUUGUAAUCUUACCAACUACACCGGGAAGACUUGAAUAUCCUGAUAAAGUACUGAGAGGUGAAAUCGAACUACCAGAAUUGAUGAAACAACUUCGACCAACUCAAGUAACCCUAGGAUUACCACGGUUCAAGUUAGAUACAUCACUUGAUUUAGUUGGAACAAUAAAAUCAAUGGGAGUAACUGAUCUAUUUGAUGCAAAAUUAGCAGAUUUGAGUGGAAUAACAAAGACUAAGAUUUCCGCUGAUGUUCUUAAACAAAGUGCAUCUAUUAAAGUCAAUGAAGAGGGUGUAGAAGCUGCAGCUGCAACCGUCAUAAGCUUUUCAUUGAGAAGUGCAAGAAGACAAAAGCCUAUUCUAUUCAAUGUCAAUGAAUCAUUCGUUUGCUUUAUUUACGAUAAAGUACUAAACACACCACUAUUUGCUGGUCGUGUGAUUACACCAGUAGCAUUGAAGGAUUGA